UUGACACGACCCGUUCAUAUCUCCCAUCAUUAUGAUGUUGUUGUAAUCCAGAUAGUCCAGCAUUGUCCCCUGCAGCUUCUUGUAAAAUUCCGAUUUCCCUUCAUUAGGUGCAUAGAUUCCUAAUAUCAACAGUUUCUCUCCUUGAUGUUGUAUCUCAAUGGCCAAAAUUCUUCCAUAUUCAUCUUUAAAUAAGAAUUUAGGUGACAGGCUCUCUUUUGCAUAUAUCACCACGCCUCUCUUCUUAACUUUGUCCGACGAAACAAAUUCCUGGCCCAAUCUUUUAUUUAUUAACACUUUUCUGUAGAGCCUCGUCACAUGUGUUUCUUGUAAACAGAUGAUGUCCAAUUGUUCUUUUUUUAAUAUAUGAAAUAUUUUCUUCCUUUUUUCCGGAAUGUUACAACCAUUAAUGUUCCAACUCAGCAAUUGCAGAGACAUCCUGGAUCUAUCUGGUUAUUUCUCCAGGGGUGGUGUCUUCUCUCGAUCUUCAGGUUCCCCAGGUGCUGGUGUUGAUACUGGCUUUGCCCCAGGCCCAGAAGGUAAUUCAGUUCCUUUUUGAAGGUCCUCUCCGUAUGUAGCCAAAAAUUUGUCUCUCUCUUCCAAUGUUCUAACUUUGACCUUUCUCCCUUUAAAGGUAAAAGAUAUUCCUUGUGGAAAUUCCCACCUAAAUGGAAUUGCGUUGCUCCUUAGUAGUUUAGCAAGUUCAGAAUAGGCGGCUCUAAGAUCCAGCAGUUGUCUUGGAAUAUCUUUAUAAAUUUCAAUUCUUCUGUCCAAAACCUCCAGUGACUUUCCGUAAUGUAGGCCCAAAAUCUUAUCCCUUUCCUCCUUUGAUCUCAAUGUAAUCAAACAGUCUCUGGGCCUCUCCUUCUUUGUGAAUCUUCCAAGUCUGAAAGCCGACACAAUUUUAAAAUCCUUUUCUUCCAAAUUCCAGAACUUGGAAAAUUCUUUGGUCAAAAACUCAGUUAAAUUUCCUUCUUCUGCCUCUUGUAAUGAUCUAAUCCUCAAAUUAUUCUCACGAUUUCGCAGUUCUAUCAUGGAAAGAUAAGUCUGAUGUUCCCCAACUUGUUUGGUGAGUGGCCUUACCUCUUGCUCUAAAUUUUCCAAUUUUUGUCUAGUAUCCUCAGCCAGUUUCCGAUUUUCUGCUGAGGCCUCCGUUAACUGUCCAAUUGCUUGUGUAUUCUGUACAACUUGUAUGGUUAAUUUAUUUAGACAUUCUGUAUUUUUGUCAAUCUUUGCUGAUUGCGCAUCUACUUUCUUGUCCAAAGCUUCCAAUUUUUCAAAGAUUUUGUCUAGAACAGAAACAGAUACUCCUGAGGCCAUAUCUUCCAAUUGUAACUGCUCUGCUUCACCCUCUCCCUCUUUUGCCUGUGGCAAGGCAACUUCUUCAAGUUCUACUUCUGAGGGCAAAGUAGGUACAGAUGAUCUACGUGUCUGCGAGGCUGAGGUUAGAGUUGUUAAAGUUGUUUGUCUAACUCUCCCUCUUUUCCUUGUGCCACUCAUUCCAACGUUGUCCAUCAGUCAAGGUAUUGACUUUCUUUCUUUCUUUCUUUCUUUCUUUCUUUCUUUCUUUCUUUCUUUCUUUCUAAGGGGGAAGUGCUCAGAGUACUUCUGUUAUAACCAUACUUAAGUUUAAAUCGAAUGAUCUCUUUAGAAUUGCUGGUUGUAAACUUGGCCUUUAGGCCUAGAUAACAAGCUGCAGAGACAAUCUAUCUGCAUUAUUCUUCAAGCAAAAAUCACCCAUUGGGAGUUAAUUAAAAGAACAAUUCUUUGCCUCCUGUCUCACUGAUCUUAAUAGAAGGAAGUGAUAAGGUGUAAACUUAAUUCUGUUGAUUUAGGAUUGAGCCAAUACAUCCUUUCCAAGCCAUCACAUCUGAAACAAUGAAACAAAUGGCAUGUUACAUCCCCUGUAUUUCUGGGAGAGCACAAAAGACUGCCAGGCAGGAGGAAGUUUAAACGGAAUUAAUCUGUGCCUGAUAGGGAAAGAAAUUACGUUUAAUUUUGCGUAGGUUCUUUUGUCAAAUAUUAUCUGAGAAAUUAUAUCAAAGAUAUGUUUCCUAACUCUGUCUUGUCUCAAAAGGUGACUUGGAAGAAUGGCUAUAUAAUGACCUAUAAAACUGAAUGAUUGCCCUAUCGAAGCAGGAUUGAACUAUCAUAUUUCUCGAAAGUCAAAGGUGAGGGGUUCUGAAGGCAGGCAGCACACUUUAACAAGUUAUGAAUAAUUUCAAAUGGGCUGCGAAGUCAAAGCAGUUUAUCCUCUUCAAUAUUCUAACCAUUACUUUGAAUUCAUCUGAUUGAGACAGAGGCACUUCCUCUGAGACAAUGAGAACUAAUGGGCAUUACUUGAAGGAUAAUUUGAAAAAGAGAGGCCAUUAAUUUGUUUCCCACAAUGCAGUAAGUCAGGGGUUGAUCACCCCCACCCGCUUUCUCCCCUUUUAUUUUAAAAUGUCUUUAUUCUCCUCCUCCGCUAUAUAUAUUGAAAUCAAAGCAAUUUCUGGUUGCUAGUAGUAACACACUGUACAGUGGAGGCUGGUGCCCAUUGGAACCAGCAGGGAGGAAGGCAGGAAGGCCAGUAGCAAGUGAAGCCAGAGCUGAUAAUGGGUAGAGCCAACAAAUGUGGUUUGUCCCUAUCUUCCCACAAGGAUGCUCUACAAAGGCAACACUGAGACAGCUGACAGCUAAUGCCACCCCUAAGGAAGGAGUUAGGCAGGUGAGGACUAGCUGAGGCCAGACUAAGCUUGGAGGCACAGGGCCUGACUUUACCCUAAUGGACCAACCUCCACAGCUACUAUAAUGAGGUAUUGGUCACUUAUCAUGCAUUCAACAUGGCAGAAAUCAACGGCAUUGACUGUACGAUCCUGAAGCUCAGCCUGCCCUUCUCAGAAGGCCUAAGGAAUUACAAGUUAUAAAGCCAAAGAGUAAUGUGAUUCUUUGGGAAGUAUUCAUAACUACCGGCCGUAACCUGACCAUUUUUCCACCUCACCCAGAGUUUCAAGGUUCGUUAGCUCGAAUUUUUCCUAGCAGCAUAAAACACUGCUGUUUACAGGUAAUCACGGUCGAGUAGAAAACUUUAAAAUCAGGAUUGCAAUUUGGAGACAAAUAUAAUGGAGCGUUUUUCAUGCUGAACAAAAGCUAUGGAAAUGGAACAUCUUAAGCUUCAUUGGUUUGCACUUGAAGCAUUUAAACGCCUAUUGAUUUCAAUGAGGAAGUUAAACCAUAUUCUUAACUCUAUUGACUGGUAUUGCCAACCAUGCCGAAAGGAUCACAACCUGGAUUGCUACUGAUGCAUUUUUAAAGCAUUUAAUAUUUACCAAUUAAGAAACACAUAUGCCAUAGCCAGGGGCCGUAGCUCGGUUGUAGUAUUUGUAUGCUUCUCAUACUCAGCAUCUCUGAGUAUGAUUGGGAGAGACCCUUGUUUGAAACUCUGGAGAGUCACUGCUAGUGAGCAGGAUGGGCCAAUGGUCUGACUCAAUGCAAGGAAGCUUCCUAUGUUCUUAUGUAAGAAAUGAAACCAAUCAGACACUGCUUACAAUAGGAUCUAAAGCCCAGCUAAUAUUUGCAAGAUUGUGUCCAGAGACACCUGAAAAUGGUGUCCAAACGAAGAAAUUGAGAUAAUAGCAGAAGAAGACUUGCCACUUGACUGUCUUCUAUUUGCUUUAAAAAUUAGAAAAGAAAAGGAGAGGGGAAUGUAUGCCUAUACCGAGGAUGAGGUGAAGAGAGUUUUCUGAAGCGUGUCCUUGUGCACUCCUAGAUGGGAAAUGCAAAUGCUGGCUCACUCCGCGUACAAUAAUUAGAUAGAAAUGUGAUUCAUUUACUUUUGUACCAUUAGGAUGCAGCGUGAAUUAGGUCACGAAGAAAGGAAGAAUGAAUCUGCCAACAGUUUUAAAUUACUUUUCCGCGAGGGGUGGGGGACAAAGAAAAGAAAGAGAAAGCCGAGUGUCGUUUGAGAGGCCAAUUUAGGGCUAAGGUUAAUGUCGCAGUGGCAGAGCUGGGAGUCAAGUUGAGUCAGGUUGCCACCAAAUUCAUAUAAAGCAGGGGGUGCAGUGGGGGCUAUUCAAAGGGCUGCAUGGAAAGCACAGGUGGAAACGAUACUCUAACUGCCCCAUCACCCCCCCAGCUGCUUCAGCUCAGUUGUUUUUCUAAAGUGGGGGCCUGAGACCCACUGGGGGAAAAGGUAGCUGGGGAUUACAUAGGAAGCUGCCUUAAACCAAGCCAGAAAACUGUCAACCUAGCUCAAUAGUGUCUACACUGACUGGCAGUGGCAUUCCAGGGUUCUAAACAGGGACUCCCUGGAGAUGUCAAGAGAUUGAACCCUUUGCAUGCAAGACAAAUGCUCUUCCUCUGAUCUAUGGCUUUGCCCUUUUUUGAGAGGGAGGUGAACUUUUUUGAGGAGUGAGUUUGGGUAGAGGGGGGAUUCAGUUCAUAGAAGCCAGCUUCUAGGGACUGAGGUCCCUUCAACCACCCAUAAAAUAUUUUAGGGGGCUGCCCCCUCAGUUGAUGGGCAUUGCCAUUCAAAUGCUGUGUGUGUGUGUGAUUUCUUGUGAUCAGUGAUGCAGGACAGGGUUUACCUGGGGCCACCAAAUAUUCUAUUCAAGUUGGCACCCUUAAUUCAGUUCCUUUCUCGUUCCCACCAGAGUUGCACUCUCUGCCUCGCUGUAGUCUGGUCCACACGUCACCUUAUGAAGCAGUGAAGGAGCAGCCUGCUGAUACGAGCUGCUCAGCCCCACCCAGCUUUGUUCCUCCCUUGCUCUUGCUUCCAAGGAGGAAGCGAACCAGAGGCUGGCUUUGUAUCCUGGUGAACCAGCAGUCAUGGUUUAGUUCCCCUAAACAAACCACAAGCGGUGUGCCAAGAGGAAACCAUGGCUUCUUCUUGUUUGGGGAGAAACGCACCACAUGCUCUGGUCCUCAUAUAAUACAAAGCCAGCCUCUGGUUUGUUUCCUCUUUACAAUGGCAACAGAAGGAGAAAGGUAGGAGUGAACUGAGGAGUUUUGAGGGGCAUGCUCAUUCACAUUAAAAGGCUCAGGACCGCAAUACCUCAAGGACCGCCUCUUUCCACCUGGACCCUGAGAUCAUCUUCUGAGGCCCUUCUUCAUGUGCCUCCUCCUCAAGAGGUCCGGAGGGUGGUAACACAAGAACGGGCCUUCUCUGUAGUGGCUCCCCAUCUGUGGAAUGCUCUCCCCAGGGAAGUUUGCCUGGUGCCUUCAUUAUACACUUUUAGGUGCUAGACCAACAUGUUCCUUUUUAAUGAGGCCUUUGGUUGAUCCUAUUUACAUCCUAUGCCCUUUUAAAAUGUUUUUUUGUGUGUGUGUUUUUGUUUUUAUUAGUUAUUUUAUGGUUUUAGAUCUUGAUUUUAUUCUGUCCUGAGACCCCCAGGUGUAGGGUGGGUAUAAACUGCCCUGAGACCCCCAGGUGUAGGGCAGUAUAAAAAUUCAAAUAAUAAUAAUAAUAAUAAUAAUAAUAAUAAUACAUUUUCUUCUGGGCAAUCUUCUUGGAGGCCUUAUACUGGUAGUUGACCCAGAGGCAAAAGUAGUCAGAGCAAUGAAUGUGCAUUUUACCUUUGCUCAGUAGGUUAGUUUCCACACACACUCACAGACCCUCCAAGUGUCCCUAUUACCAAGUUCUGGGUUUACAGAAGCCACCCCGGUUUCUGAAUUGAUCCCAGAAUGUCCCACUUCUCCUUAGGCUAUCCCAAUUUUCAUCAGAGAAAUGUUGGAGGGUAUGGAGUUAUGCGACCCCAUGAGCCAAGGAGAUAAGUAACUGUACAACCUUCAGAAGACGUUUGAAGGUAGUCCUGUAUAGGGAAGCUUUCAAAUGUUUAAUGCUUUAUUAUGUUUUCAUAUAUGUUGGAAGUCACACUUUCCAACCUCAAGGAGGAUGCCAAGCUAGGCAGCUAAGUGUUGUGUCCUGCAGAGGGAUGUGUGGCUGGAGAGGGGAUGUAGCCUUGGAAGAAGGGCCAAAGGGGGAGUUCGGGGGGGGGGGUUGCUUGGCCUCCAGACUUGAGGCUCCUAUCUCUCAUUUAACAUGACAUGUGAAUUGGACCCAUAGCCAAAGCUGGCACAACCCAAAUUGCGUCAUGCUUCCACAACGGAUUCUAGUUUGCCCAUUAGCUGGGGGUUGGGAUAGAUAAAUGAAACAAAACAUGUCUGGAGAAUGACUGAUGAUUUGGCAGUUGAAAUAAUGUAUAUUAUGUUGCACAUCAAAGUUGAAAAUGGACUCUUAGAAGUAUAGUGAAGCUGCAGCUUGAAAUACUGUAACACUUGGGGGCAAGGGGGUGGGGAAGCAAAUCAACAGAUUUUUUUUCCUUGUGGAUCUGUCUAGCGGUAAACAGGAACAUAGCCCAAAGUCUCAUCCCAAGCCUUCAGAUCUUAUUUCCACAUCCUUUCCUCAGCUAAAUUUCUAGGCUUUCGGCUGAUUAGUUUGGGAAAUCGUCGUACCUCAUCCAUCUUCAACUUGUCAGCAGGACUCUUAGGGUUGUCCCAUGCUGUUUCCUGAUUUCCUACCAAAGUAGGCCCGGUGGCUCUUUUUGUGUGUAAGAUACAUUAACUUGUCUAUUCUUUCUGAUUUCCUCAACCUGGUCCUGCUAAGCACAGGGCAGCAUGCGUUCCUCAGGAAAUAAUGCUAUUUGUUCCUCAUUGACAUCUUUAAUUAUUAAUAUAAAUGUUUGCGCAAUCAAUGCUUACUUGUACCUUUCAAAUUAUAUUUAUUUUUUUUCCCAUUCUAGAAAACAAAAUUAUAGAUAAGGUUUUUUGGGGCCAUAUUUUUGCUUACACAUGGUGUAAAUGGAGCCCAUUGCUCUACAGCAGGGAUGGGGAACCUGUGGCCCUCCAAACAUUGUUGGAGUCCAGCCCCUGUGGCCAUAUAGAAAUUGCUGGACUCCAGCUCCUAUCAGCCCCAGCCACAUGGCCAAUGGUCAGGGAUGAUGGGAACUGGAGUCCAGCAACAUCUGGAAAGGAACAGGUCCCCCAUGUCUGCUCUAUAGGGUGGUUUACCAGUUGUCUUCCUUAUUAUAAACAAGCUAUAUCUCCUAACUUUACAAUGUCUAUUAACUUCCAUACCCUCCGAAUAGAACCAUCAGUAUACAUUGGCUGACAUUCUAUCAUCUUCACCACAAUUAAUGUUAUUUCAGUGUUAAUUUCAAAUCUCCUUAAAGCAGUACCCAGCAAGAAAUAGGAAUGGGCUUAGUAGUAUUGUGUGCACACAUUAUUUCUUGGAUACACCCCUUUCCCUAAUAAGCACAUAUUUUCAAAUAAUGCUACUAGAUAGGUUUGUAAACGGCUCUGGAAAUCAGACACCCCCAACAAUUAUUUGUAGUAUUUGCAUACCUUUCCUAUACUUUAAAAUCUUACAUCACUGGCCUAUUAUUUCAGUUAUAGUGUUCUCCUUUAAAUUAGUGAUAUUGGAAAUCUGAGGGUAUAUGUAAUAUAUAUUUACAUUAAUCCUAUGUAUGUGAAACUAUAUUGCUCACCUGGUUUUGAGCUACAUUUAGGCCACACACCCUUUCUUCCAUUGGGCUCAGUGCAACUUGGCCAUCAUAGUAGCAAUAGCUACUGUGAAGAUAAGGAGGAGGACUAUGUAUGUAUGCUAUCUUGAGCUCAAUGUAUGAAGGGUGGGAACACAGGAGGUCCCUGAGAUCUUGUCCCAAGCAAUAAAUAUAGUACAUUUAGAGCACAAAAAGCUUGGAGAGUCUUGUGGUGGUGGGGGGUACUGACCACAACAUGUGCACGGCUCUGACUAGUAACAAAUUUAAAUUUUUCUAACGUCUUAAUGGCCAUGAUUUUGUUUAAUGAGUUGGCACUUUAUAAAUAUUCUUGUAAAUAAAUGAAUAAAUAAAAAGCCCCUUAAAACUAUGAUCUAACUUCUGCCUUCAGGUGCACAGGAUCUUUGGAAGAGGGGAGAAAAUGUUCCAGCUGCUUUUCACUGCAAAGAUCUGCAGCUGCAGCAAAAAUAAAAGUUACAGGCUUUCAAGAGAUUUAUAGUUUUUCCCAUCUCAGUAGUCGUUUUGCUCUAGGGCAGAAAGAGAGCAUGAGAAUCUUUGUCUUAUCUCAUUUAGAAGCUAAAGGGAGGCUGACUGCUGUUUUCAGGGUAGAUGGAGGUGCUCACGGUGAAAUAUACCUUUUCGUCUUAAUAACAGGGCUAUAAUAUACUCUUCAGGUAAUAUUUGGUAACCUUAUGCGGAAAUGUUGUCCUAGUUUCAUGAUGAUAGUGGUGCUCUCUUGCAUAUCUCCAGAAGCUGAUGAAAAGAGUCCCUGGACAGAACUUUUGAUAUUAUUCAGCACCUUCUCCUUACACAUUUUGAAUCUGUUUUCAAAGGUGAGAUCAUAAUAACACAAAGACAGGGAAUACCCAAGAGUAUAAUAACGCAAAACACAGAGAAUACCCAAGUUAAAACUAUGCGGGUGGAGCUGUGGUCUAAACCACACUUGGGCUUGCCAGUCGGAAGUUUGGCGGUUCGAAUCCCUGCGACGGGGUGAGUUCCCACUGUUCUGUCCCAGUUCCUGCCAACCUAGCAGUUCAAAAGCAUGCCAGUGCAAGUAGAUAAACAGAUACCGCUGCAGCAGGAAGGUAAAUGGCGUUUCUGUGCAUUCUGGUUUCUGUCACGGUAUUCUGUUGCACCAGAAGCAUUUUAGUCAUGCUGGCCACAUAACCUGGAAAGCUGUCUGUGGACAAAUGUCGGCUCCCUUGGCCUGAAAAGAGAGAUGAGCGCCACAACCCCAUAGUCGCCUUUGACUGAACGUAACCGUCCAGGGGUCCUUUACCUCCUUUAGUUAAAACUAUGGAACUCGCUCCCAUAGGAGACUGUGAUGGCCACCAACUUGGAUGACUUUAAAAGAGGAUUAGAGAAAUUAAUGGAGCAAAGAGCUGUUGAUGGCUACAAGCCUGAAGCAGGAAUACUUUUGAAUACCAGUUGCUGGAAACCACAAGAGGGGAGAUGACUCUUGUGCUUGAAUUCUUCAUCUGGUCCACCCCUGAGAGAAGAGGAUGCUGGACUAGAUGGGCCAUUGGCUUCAUCCAGCAGGUUCUUCUUAUAUUUUUAGGGAAGCUUUUAAUGUUUGAUGGAUUACUGUAUUUUAAUAUUUUGUUGGAAGCUGCUCAGAGUGGAUGGGGAAGCCCAGCCAGAUGGGUGGGUUAUAAAUAAUAAAUUAUUAUUAUUAUUAUUAAUCUCAGAAUACACAUUUUUGUAGCUUCUUCUUUUGACUUAGAGAUUAACUGUUACUUAAAAUGUCUCCCUCCCAUUCUUUUGUCUGGGAUUUUUAAAAUCAGUGGUACCUUUACUGUAUGUAUUCUGUGACCUCCAAGUUCAUAAAAAGAUUCCUAAUGCACCAGGUACUUUAUGAGGAAAUAACUGCAAAUCUUUAGGUAGGCUAAAUGAGCUAAGAGCCAAGUAAAGCACAGCACUGGGUUGGCAGGCUGAGAAGGGAGGCUCUCCCCACCCCAGCACUAAGAGAAGCUGAUACUGAUGCUGGAGCAAGGGGGGAGAGAAGAACUCCAUACAGAGCACAGGAACGCCUCUUAUAGGCAAGAAGGGACCAUAGUUCAGUGGUAGGACACAUAAUUUGUUGUUGUUUUAAAUAGUUUUCCUUUUUGUUUUACAAAUAUAAAAUUAUAAUAAUACCAGAACACACAUCCAUAAUUAAAAGAUUCCUCUGAAUCUCUGGACUUCCCACCUUCCCCUAUGUGGGUUCUGUUGUUAAACUGUUUCUACUGCAUCUUUUUCAGUCAUCCAUGUUUUUUUUUUUUUUUACAACUCCAUUAUCUCCAUAGUACUCGUUACAUUACAAGUGUUACUGCAAUCCUGUUAAUGUUUCCAUCUGCUUACAGUGGUCUCCAAGAUAAAUUAUAAAUUUUUCUCAUUCCUUGUUGAAGUUUUGGUCUUCUUGGUUCCUGAGCUUCCCAGUCAAUUUUGCCAUUUCAGGAUAGACCAACAGUUUAAUUUGCUAUUCUUCUCUGGAAGGGACGUUAUCUUCUUUCCAUCUCUGGGCUAGUAGCAUCCGUGCUGCUGUCGCCGCAUAAAUUAAAAGUCUUUUCUGCUCCCUUGGAAUAUCAGCACCUACAAUUCCUAAUAGAAAAGCCUCUGGUUGUUUUUUUAAAUAAACGUUAUUUUAAACAUUUUUUCCCCAAUUCAUUAUAUAUCAUUUCCCAGAAAGGACACAUGAUUUGUAUGCAGAAGUUUCCAGGUUCCAUUCCUGGCAUCUCUAAUUAAGAAAGAAUCAGGGACUAGAAGACUUCUGCCUGACAGCCUGUUGGCAGUUAGAGUAGACCACAGGUAGCCGGAAUGUUGUUGGACUACUGUUCACGUGAACCCUGGAUUUGCCAUGGAGGGUGAGGCUGAUGAAAAUUGGAUUUCAGCAAUGUCCUGAGGACAUCACAUUCAUUAUUCUUGGAGUAGAUAAUUCUGAGCUUGAUGUUCGAAAACAGUUUAAUAGCAUAAG